CCACUGUAAACAAUGCCGCACAGAGGAGACGAUGGGUCAGAAAAUCAAGAAGGGCAAGUUUCCUUCGAAAUUCAUCGUGAUGAAGCAGCUUAUUUUAUGCAAUCCCAACUAUACGAAAGAGCGAUAGAAAGUUUCACAAAGGCACUGGAACUAAAGCCAGAUGAUAAGCAAUGUUUGGUAAUUAGAUCAAAGUGUUACCUACAGCUUGGAAAUGCUGAGGCGUCCCUGGCUGAUGCUGAGAAAGCUCUAGAGAAAGACAAAGAUGAGCAACAAGAAGUUCCUGUUAAAGGACUGUUCCAAAAAGCUGAAGCAUUAUACCAGAAAGGUGAUUUUGAGACGGCCCUCAUCUUCUAUCAUAGAGGAAACAAAUUGAGACCAGAGUUACAAGAGUUCAGAUUAGGAAUACAGAAAUGUCAGGAGGCCAUUAACAACAGUAUUGGACAACCAGAAUCAGUGAAAUUGGAGGCAAACAAAGGUGACAUGUCAUAUUUCUACAAACAGGAGGAGGAGCAGAAAGCAAAGGAUUUAGAAAAGUUACAAAAGAAACAGGCAGACAAAGAGGCUAAAAAGCAGCAAAAAACUUCAUAUUCCAAACCUAUAGCCAAGAAAGAAGAGAGAAAGGAAAGAGAUGCCCCUAAAGGUAGUGCUGAUGCUAAAACUGUCAAACAGUUGCUAGGGGAACUCUAUGGAGACAAAGAAUAUCUAGAAAAACUCCUCAAAGACCAAAGUCUGACAGGAAACAGCAAGAGAAAUGACAUGAGUCGAGAGAUUAAGGACAAAGUCUGCGACGGCCUCGAAUAUCUUUAUAAACGUGCAGACUUCUGGCGUCAACAGAAACCCAUGUACGCUCGUAAACGUGACAAGGAUAAGCAGCGUGAAGAAUGGAACAAAUCUCGUCGCAGCGGCCGUGGAAAUAUGGAUAAGGUACUCAGGAAUUUGGAAGACAUUGAUGAAGCCCAAUCUGAAGGACGUUAUCAGGAAAGUUUAGAAAAAGCCAAGAGCACUCUGAAGAUCGUAGAGAAUGCCUCAGACGAUGAUAUCCAGAAUAAACCGGAACUUUUAGCUAGUCUGUACAGUAGCAUUGGAAAUGCUUGUCUCGAGUUAGGCAAGUUAAACCAGUCUAUGGAUUACCACAACAAAGAUUUAGAUAUUGCCAGGGAAUAUAACUUAGAAGAUGCCAAAUCAAGAGCCUUGGAUAAUUUAGGAAGAGUUCAUGCCAGAAGAGGGGAAUAUGACAAAGCUAUUGAAGUAUGGAAAGAGAAGAUUCCUGCUAGUAAAUCACCUUUAGAAAGUACCUGGCUAUAUCAUGAAAUAGGUCGGUGUUAUUUAGAACUAGGAAAAUACUCUGAUGCACGAGAUUACGGGGAGAAAUCAUUAAUGGCGGCACGUGAGGCAGACGACGCAGGCUGGCAGUUACAUGCAAGUGUUCUUAUUGCUCAAAGUGAAGUAAAACUUGGGGACUACCAGUCAGCUGCUGAUUCUUUCGAGAAAUCAUUAGAAUUGGCACGGCAACAGAAAGACGAGGCUGCUGAACAAGCUAUAACAAAAGCCCUAGAUGAGGUGAAUGAUAAAAUUGUUCGAGGAGUAAAAGAAGAGGAAGGUGAGGAGAGAUAUGAUGAUGAUUUUGAGACAGAGAAAGCAAAAACACCAGUACAACAACAACCGAAGGAACCGACUCCACCUCCUAAAGAACCCACACCGGAACCAAGGAUUAAAUCAGUCUCCAUUAAAGAAGAGCCAGAAGAAGAACCUCAACCUCAAGAGAGAGAGGAAGAACCAGAAGAACCAAAAAAAGAUGUAGAACCUUCUAGUUCGCCUGAACCUCAAAACGAGGUUGUCCUACAGGCUGAACAACCGAAAGAACCAGAACAACAACAACAACAGGAAGAGGAAAUACCGAAACCAGAACAAACAGGUGUAGAUGAAGGUGAAAGUCCCAGAAAAACAUCUCCUGAACCAACAACAGACACAGACAGAGAACAAACAACAACAGACAAAGAACAAACAGAUGAUGAAGCACAAAAACAAGCUUCUUAGAAGUGAAGAAAGAAAGAAAAACACAUCAUGAAAAAAACAA